GCUCAGUAGAAGCCCAGGCUCAGCCCGGUCUGUAGUUUCCCCGCAGAGAGGUAGGAGCAGGAGCCCGAGCGAGCGAGCGAGCGAGCGAUCGCAGCCCGCCCAGCUUCCUCUCCAGCAUCCCGAGCCCGGGAUUGCAGGUGUGCGGGAGACGUAAAACCAUUCCAGGAUGGCUUAUUUUUUGGCACUGUUCUCUUUGCUGGCCAUGCAAAGUGUGUUGAUAGGGGCAACUUUCCCAGAUGAAACCAUAGCUGAGUGGUCAGUGAAUAUGUAUAACCAUCUUCGAGCCACUGGGGAAGAUGAAAACAUUCUCUUUUCUCCACUGAGCAUUGCCCUUGCAAUGGGAGUGAUGGAGCUUGGAGCUCAAGGAUCUACUCUGAAAGAAAUUCGCCAUUCAAUGGGAUACGAUGGCCUGAAAAAUGGUGAAGAAUUUUCUUUCCUAAAAGAUUUUUCUAACAUGGUCUCUGCUGAAGAGAGCCAGUAUGUGAUGAAAAUUGCCAAUUCCCUCUUUGUGCAAAAUGGAUUUCAUAUCAAUGAUGAGUUCUUGCAAAUGAUGAAAAAGUACUUUAAUGCAGAAGUCAAUCAUGUGGAUUUCAGUCAAAAUGUAGCUGUGGCCAACUACAUCAAUAAGUGGGUGGAGAAUUAUACAAACAGUCUGUUGAAAGAUUUGGUAUCUCCAAGGGAUUUUGAUUCUGUCACUCAUCUGGCCCUCAUCAAUGCUGUGUAUUUCAAAGGGAACUGGAAAUCACAGUUUAGACCUGAAAAUACCAGAACGUUUUCCUUCACUAAAGAUGAUGAAAGUGAAGUACAGAUUCCAAUGAUGUAUCAACAAGGAGAAUUUUAUUACGGGGAAUUUAGUGAUGGAUCCAAUGAGGCUGGUGGCAUCUACCAAGUCCUAGAAAUACCCUAUGAGGGGGAUGAGAUCAGCAUGAUGCUGGUACUAUCCAGGCAGGAAGUUCCACUGGCCACACUGGAGCCUCUACUCAAAGCCCAGCUGAUUGAAGAGUGGACAAACUCUGUUAAGAAACAAAAGGUGGAAGUAUACCUGCCCAGGUUCACAGUGGAACAGGAAAUUGAUUUAAAAGACACCUUUAAAGCCCUUGGAGUCACUGAAAUUUUCAACAAAGAUGCAAAUUUGAUUGCCAUGUCAGAUAAGAAAGAGCUGUUUCUCUCCAAAAUUGUUCACAAGUCCUUCAUUGAGGUUAACGAAGAAGGGUCAGAAGCAGCUGCAGCCUCCGGAAUGAUCGCAAUUAGCAGGAUGGCUGUGCUGUACCCCCAGGUGAUUGUUGAUCAUCCAUUUUUAUUUCUUAUCAAGAUCAGGAAAACUGGUAGAAUCUUAUUCAUGGGACGAGUCAUGCACCCGGAAACAAUGAACACAAGUGGACAUGAUUUUGAGGAACUUUAAGUGAUGAUGUUUGAGUAAAAAAGGAAGCAGGAAUAAAGCACAUUAUGUUUGCAAUUGGAAUAUAUUUAGGAUUUUUGUUUUACAGGAUUACUUAAGGUGAUAUUUAGAAUAGUUCUGGAUAGAAGUAAUACAUGUGACCUAUCAGUCAGCCUGUCAAGAAAUGUUAUCAAUAUUAAGAUUAUGGUCCUGUUGUGUCAUUGUGUCUGUUGUGCUGUUGUUUAAAAUAAAAGUAUAUAUUGAACUCGUGAAAAACUUUUUCUUUUAGAGGUAGGUGUAGUCUGAACACCACUUUAGCUGAGAUUUGGAAACUAUGUUGUUUCUUUAGGAAUUGUAGUAAAAUGAUCCUACAACACAAAAUGUAGAAGCUGCUGUUUCUGAGUUUCUUCAUAAUCAUGCAGAAUCAACACCAAAGUGAGCAGCAUACAUGUACAUAAUAAGCAAUAAUGUGGAGACAAGCUCUAUGGAAUCGUCAUAUACCAUAGAGCUUCAUAAUAAAGCUGUUAGGAAAAAAAAUUGGGAUAUGUAAAGCCUAUAGAUGUUACUGAUUUGUGCGUAUACUGUAAUUUGUACUUUAAAUUUAUUAGAGUAUACCUGUUAUAUUUACUUUUAAGAGUUUGAUAUGAAUCUGUAUGCCACAUGACUCUAGAAACAAGCUCAAGUAUCUUAUUAUCCACUUUUGAUGGCAUCAAGAGGCCCCAUGAAGGGAUUGUCUUCUACCAUUUAAGUUUAAGUGCUGUUUUUGAUGUUCACACAAAGAUGAAAUCACCCAGUGGCACAUUUCCUAGAAUAUAUCCAAGACAUCAAGUGGUGGGUAUGAUGAUGUACCAGUACCUAGAUGUUUUGACUUUGUAGAAAAAUCGCUGGUCAGUGCAACAUAUGGAACACAAACCUCAUGUGUGAUGCUGUCCCCUGUUCACUUAUUACAAAGACAGAUUCUUAUCCAGGUUGUCUAAGGUAGAGUGGGGACCAUACCUUUCUAACAAGCUUCCAAAUUGUGCCCUAGUUGUUUGACCAUGGGCUUUGCUGUUUGUCACUUGGGUAGCAAAAUGCUACUUAAUGUAAGCAUUACAUUUUGAUAUUCAUAAUAAGUAAAUGGAAAAACUGUCAUUUUCACUGACUGCAGUUAGAGGGAAUCAGGGUGGGGGCAGGAUGUAAUCUGCAUUAAUAACACAAUGCCCUUGUCAAGAACUGGUAUGAUUCUAAAAUUGUUUUCUAGUACAUACUACAGAUAAAUGAGAUUCUUCUGUAUGCUACAACACUUGAAAUACAGUCUUUAAAAAUAUGGAGACAUUUAUAGGCAAUACCCAUGAAGGAAUUUAUGAAUAUCCAAGGACAGAGUACUUAACACUGAAUCUUUUGCAGCUUAUAUUUUUAGGAGACUUGCAGUUUAUUCAUAAAUCUUCAUGUUGUUGUAGAUUAGUGCUCUUGUUUUCAUUUAUAAUUUAUUUAGCUGGGAUGGAUGAUGUUGAUCCAGUGUUCACAUUCUGAGCUAAGACAGUAUUUAUCACUGUAUCCUUCUUGUGAAUAUUACACACAUGACUAUACCUGUAUGUUCACCAGUUAACUAAAUGUAUUGCCUGUAAGGAGGAAUAAACAUCAUUAUUCAAUCAUA